GUCUCUCUUUUCAGGCUAGAAAACCGAGUGAAGCAUGGGUGACUGGAGUUUUCUGGGGCGGUUGCUGGAAAAUGCUCAAGAACACUCCACUGUGAUUGGAAAGGUUUGGCUCACUGUCCUUUUUAUUUUCCGCAUCUUGGUUUUGGGCGCAGCAGCUGAGGAGGUUUGGGGUGACGAGCAGUCAGACUUUACUUGUAAUACGCAGCAGCCUGGUUGUGAGAACGUCUGCUAUGACGAGGCCUUCCCAAUCUCUCACAUCCGUUUCUGGGUGCUGCAGAUCAUCUUUGUUUCCACGCCAACCCUCAUCUACCUGGGCCAUGUGCUACACAUUGUCCGCAUGGAGGAGAAGAGAAGGGAGAGGGAGGAAGACCUCAGAAAGGCGGCACAGCACCUUGAGGAUCAUGACCCUCUGUAUCACAAUGGGAUUGGCAAUGGAGGAGGAAGAGGUGGGAGGAAAGAAAGACCCCCAAUCCGUGAUGAGCACGGCAAGAUCCGGAUUCGUGGCGCUUUACUAAGAACAUAUAUCUUCAACAUCAUCUUCAAGACUCUAUUUGAGGUGGGCUUCAUUUUGGGACAGUACUUCCUCUACGGCUUCCGCCUGAGGCCCCUGUAUAAAUGUGGCCGCUGGCCCUGCCCCAAUACUGUGGACUGCUUCAUCUCCAGGCCCACUGAAAAGACCAUCUUUAUCAUCUUCAUGCUUGUGGUAGCAUGCAUCUCCUUGGCCCUCAACCUACUGGAGAUUUACCACCUGGGCUGGAAGAAAGUCAAGCAGGGGGUCACCAAGGAUUUUGUUCACGACAGUCAGUCAAUGUUGGGGGAUAAGCCUGGAGAUACGGAAUUGAUUCCAGAACAGACGUCUCCAUCAGCGCUCAAAUCUUUGCCAACUUAUGCUAAUGUGAGUGUGGUGGAGGAUGAAGAAAUUGAAGGAGCUUACAGUCAAUCCAGGACCUCCCGCACCAUGACCUCCCUAAACCAGGGCAUGGCCACUGCACUUACACCUGCAGGAUCUACAUUGGAAGGUGCUGCUUCCCAAUCAGAUGACUUCCUGUUGGAAGCGUUGCCUCCUUCAUUUUAUGACAAAAGUGAGAGUUUGGGGAGUCAUGGACACCUGGUGGAGAUGGAGCAGAACUGGUACAACACGGCUUUGGAGCAUCACAAUCGAAAUGGAAAGCGUUCCUCCUCAUAUCCUCCUCCUCUUGCCUCUGGCUCCUCCUCUCCCGAGGACAAUAUGGUACUUUCGCAGGAAAAGCGACACUCCAUGUUUCCCACACUCCCUCUCAAUACCCCUCUUUCCUCUCUUGCACCAGAGGAGACGGAGGAAAUCACUGUGGCCAAAGCACCUUGCAAGGUGCUACAGGAUGACUUCACAGUGGUAACCAGAGCAGAGAUGCAUCAGCCUCCUGCAGAUACAGGAACAGACUUCAGGAAGCUAAGCCGGGGAAUCAAGAGCGGCGGCGCUCGAGCUCGUCCUGAUGAUCUGGCAGUGUAG